CCAGAACCGGGCCCAACGUGCCGCCCGGAAGAGCCAGCAGCAGGCCGUAGACAGACGUGCCCGGCAGAGGACAAGGCACGGGGGAAGCAGGGGACAGCCAGCCCCCAAGCCAGCGAGAGACCACACCCCACCCGGGCAGAAAGGCGGGAUGCCCCGCCCCGAAGGGACCAGAAACUCCCCGCAACCAGACGUCCUCAGGUGACUAGACCGGAAAAAGGAUCCCAGUGGCUUUGUCUCCGCCUCCAUGCCACUCAAAUACCAGCGCAGAAGCAAAGCUCGCUGUGCUCUAAUCACAGCAUUAUUGCUCUGCACUCUGGUGUCCAGUUGUUGUUGGGACGCAAUGGCAGAUGAAAGCUUUCAGCGGGACUUCCUGGAGGCGCACAACGCAUACAGGGCCAAGCACGGCUCUCCGCCCAUGGCCCUCAGCCAGGAGGUGAGCGCGGCGGCCCAGACGUGGGCGGAUCGCCUGCUAGCUUCAGGCGCCAUGCAGCACAGCAACACCGCGUACGGAGAAAAUCUUUACGCCAAGUGGAGCUCGGCCACCAUUGAACCGACAGGAAAAGAAGCUGUAGAUUCCUGGUACAGUGAAGUCAACAACUACAACUGGAGCAGACCAGGGUUUAGUAGCGGCACGGGUCAUUUUACUCAGGUUGUGUGGAAAGAAAGCGUCCACCUGGGAGUCGGCCUGGCAACUGAUGGCCACAAGGUCUUUGUGGUUGGCCAAUACCGACCAGCUGGCAACAUGAACGGGCAGCGACACUUCAUGGCAAAUGUCCUCCCGCCAGAACUCUGUUCCCGUGUUUGACGUUGCUGUGUGUCUCGUCAUUCCUUGUCGUCGUUCCCCUGCUUCUCGGACUGCCCCCUUGGAUCUUGACCUCCCGCUUGGAAACGGAUCUUGUCUCUUCGCUCCUGUCCUGGAUCAUCUGCCUGCCCAACGGACUGUCUUCCUGCCUUGUUCCCCCUCUCGCCCAACACAACACUAGGUAACACACACAGCUAAUCACACACAUAGCCACACACCACAUACACUUUUGGAUUUUGUCACACUCCAUUUCCUUAGUUCGUAUAUUUAGUAUUGUUUGAUUAUUAUUAGGACUGUGAAUCUUUGGGUGUCCCACGAUUCGAUUCAAUAUCGAUUCUUGGGGUCACGAUUCGAUUCAAAAUCGAUUCUUGGGGUCACGAUUCGAUUCAAUAUUGAUUUUUUUUCAAUUCAACACAAUUUUUUUAUUCAAAAGCGAUUUUUUUCCCAAAUCAAAAGGAUUCUCUAUUCAUUCAAUACAUAUGAUUUCAGCAGGAUCUACCCCAGUCUGCUGACAUGCAAGCAGAGUAGUAGAUUUUUGUAAAAAGCUUUUAUAAUUGUAAAGGACAAUGUUUUAUCAACUGAUUGCAAUAAUGUAAAUUUGUUUUAACUAUUAAAUGAACCAAAAAUAUGACUUAUUUUAUCUUUGUGAAAAUAUUGGACACAGUGUGUUGUCAAGCUUAUGAGAUGCGAAGCAAGUGUAAGCCACUGUGACACUAUUGUUCUUUUUAUUUAUUUUUUAUAAAUGUCUAAUGAUAAUGUCAAUGAGGGAUUUUUAAUCACUGCUAUGUUGAAAUUAUAACUAAUAUUGAUACUGUUGUUGAUAAUAUUCAUUUUUGUUUCACUACAUUUGGUUUGUUCUGUGUGGUGUUUGUGUCUCCUCUCAAUUGCUCUGUUUAUUGCAGUAAGUGUUGCUGGGUCGGGUUUGGUUUUGGAAUUUGAUUGCAUUGUUAUGGUAUUGCUGUGUAUUGUUUUGUUGGAUUGAUUAAUUAAAAAAAAAAAAUAAUAAUAAUAAUUAAAAAAAAUUUAAAACGAGAAUCGAUUCUGAAUUGCACAACGUGAGAAUCGCGAUUCGAAUUCGAAUCAAUUUUUUCCCACACCCCUAAUUAUUAUAUAUAUUUGGACUAUAUAUAUAUAUAUAUAAUAAAUUAUUGAACAUUACUACCCUCUGGUGUCAGUUGCCGUUAUCUCCCUCUGUUAAACCAUAACAGACACCGCACCGAUCCACCUGUCGAUCUCACAAUCCACUCUUCCCUCGCUCGUGAACAAGACUCCGAGGUACUUGAAGUCCUCCACUUGGGGAAAGAUCUCAUCCCCAACCCGGAGAUGGCACUCCACCCUUUUCCGGGCGAGAACCAUGGACUUGGAGGUGCUGAUUCCCAUCCCAGUCGCUUCACACUCGGCUGCGAACCGAUCCAGUGAGAGCUGAAGAUCCUGGCCAAAUGAAGCCAUCAGAACCACAUCAUCUGCAAAAAGCAGAGACCUAAUCCCGCAGCCAACAAACCGGAUCCCCUCAACGCCCUGACUGCGCCGAGAAAUUCUGUCCAUAAAAGUUAUGAACAGAAUCGGUGACAAAGGGCAGCCUUGGCGGAGUCCAACCCUCACUGGAAACGGGUCCGACUUACUGCCGACCAUGCACCGUCAAGAACCCUGCCAAGAUUAUAGAGCUAGUCCACAGUUUCACGACCAGGACGAACACCACAUUGUUCCUCCUGCAUCCGAGGUUCGACUAUCCUGCCUAGCCUCCUCUCCAGUACACCUGAAUAGACCUUACCGGGAAGGCUGAGGAGUGGGAUCCCGAUCUCUCACGAUCCACUCUUCCCUCACUCGUGAACAAGACUCCAAAGUACUUGAACUCCUCCACAUGGGGCAGGGUUUCUUCCCCAACCCGGAGAUGGCUCCUCACCACUCUGCCAUUAAAAGGACACAGCAGGGGUGAGAAUAUAUUAAAUGUAGAGCGGCAGGGUAACGGUGAAGCUGUAGUCCGUGACUAUGUUUAAAAGCAAGUUACAGCAGAACUACAACGUCAAGGCAAAGGUGUGACACAGCUUGACUGCACAUUAGGAGGAGAAAGUUCAAGCAAGUCAGUACAGUUCGAAAGGCGUUUUACUGGUUCUGCAUCCAUGGAGCCUGGAGACAGCUCUAUGUGCUAUCCGUUUGGUACAAGUAUGACGUGCAAGCUUUGCUGUUGAGGGUGAGAUUUGGAAUUUGCACAAUGACAUUAAGAUGUCAUUUGCUCAACCUGGAGAGCAUGUGACGUUCUGGAAACUGCUGGUGGAGGACAAUCAAUCAAUCAAUCAAAGUUUAUUUACAUAGCCCUAAAUCACGAGUGUCUCAAAGGGCUGCACAAGCCACAACGACAUCCUCGGCUCAGAUCCCACAUCAGGGCAAGAAAAAAACGCAACCCAAUGGGAUACAGUGAGAAACCUUGGAGGGGACCGCGGAUGUGGGAUGUACUUUGAUUCUUUUUGAUACUUUUCUAAAUAAAGGGAACCACAAAAAUGUCAUUAUUGUCUUUACUUUAACAAAAAAUCUUAGGGUACAUGAAACAUGUUUAUUAUUGUAAUUUACUCCUUAAAUAAAAUAGUGAACAUACU